CCCUGGAUGACAUCAAUUAUAGACUCUCCAUGACGUCAAGAUUACCGGACUAAAAGCUCCCAUCAAUUAUGUCAUGUCACACAUAGACACAAUGUACAUAUUAAAGCCUCGACAUCCAAAUCCUACACUUACAUUUCUUCCUUUUGAUACUACAGAAAAAUCUCACUUGAACGAAGAACACAAGUCACAAUUUGCCAACGACGCCCACAAACCAUACAUACCACACACAUACCAAUAAUCAUUAGAAAUGUCUCAGUCAAAAGCAGACCACGCAGAGGAGGUGAGAUCCAACCUGCCUCUUCCCGAGCAACCCCCCGUCGCCUCAGACUGGAACUCGGCCGACGCUCGAACUGUCAACGUCGGCUCUGGUGCCGUCCAGAGCGACAUUUCCACCGGCGCUGGUUCUACUUCGGGGCUACGCGAGCCCGCUAGCAAGAAGGAUGUCGACUUGAGUAGUGUAGGUCGUCAAGGCAAAGACAAUCUCGACGGUCCGCCUAAGGAUGCUAAGUCCAAUUAAGGGGCUUUCAUGAGGGUAUAUUAAGGGUAGCUUCCUGCGACAUGUAGGAAUUCUGAAGGGUUCUACAAUAGCAGAUUUACACCAGGGCCGGUUUAGUUACUAUCCCAGGGACGCACAGCUUACGCCCUACAAAUAAAUUACGUAUUACGAUGA